UUUUCAAAUCUCUCUCGUCUUCUUCUACCCAGCCAGCCUCAGUAAUAGUAAUAUCAGUAAUUGAGAGAAAGUGGAGGAGCUUUCAAUUCAAAAAAAGAACCUUUUUCUGGGUCCAAGAUAUUGGAAAGAAAAGGGUAUAGAUUCCAUAUUCUUAUUCUUCCCCGCAGCCCACUAACACUCGGCACACACUUUUUGAUCAACUGAAACUCUCUAACCCUAUCAUCACUGCAACUUUUUUCCGCCCCAGAAAUAUUGGCUCACUUUUCAUAUCUACUGACAGAGCCCCACUUUUUAGUCCACUCUAUUUUUUCGUCUGUCUCGGGACCCAUCUCCGAUCUCAUUCUGAAGUCGAGGGGAAGAUAGGAGAAUAUGUGUUUGUAGAUUGAAAUAAUACAAGUGAUAAGAGUGACUAGCAUGGCUUUCAAGCCAUUCCAAUGGUAUUGCAAGCCAGUUGAGAAUGGGAUUUGGUCAAAAGCAGUGGAGAAUGCAUUUGGAGCUUACACUCCUUGUGCUACUGACUCUCUGGUGAUCUGCAUUUCGCAUCUGGUUCUUUUGGGGUUGUGCUUAAAACGGCUAUGGAGAUUAAUGAAAGACUCUUCAGUUCAGAGAUUCCGCUUGAGGUCAAAUUAUUACAAUUAUGUGUUGGGAUUGUUGGCUGUUUAUUGCACUGGAGAACCAUUGUUCAGACUGGUCAUGGGAAUUUCAGCAUUUGAUGUGGAUGGUCAGCAUGGUCUUGCUCCCUAUGAGAUGGUUUCUCUCAUCAUUGAGGCUGUGACAUGGUGCUCUAUGCUUGUGAUGAUCAUACUGGAAACAAAGGUUUACAUCCGAGAAUCACGUUGGUCUGUUAGAUUUGCGGUUGUUUAUGCUCUGGUAGGGGAUGCUGUUAUGCUGAAUCUCGCUCUUUCUGUCAAGGAUUUUUAUGAUUGGUCUGUUUUCUAUUUGUACGUCAGUGAAGUGGUUGUCCAGGUUUUGUUUGGUGUCCUCUUGCUUGUGUAUAUCCCUGAUUUGGAUCCUUAUCCGGGAUAUUCCCCCUUGAGAGCUGAAUACGUGGACAAUACUGCCUAUGAAGAACUUCCUGGAGCAGAGCAAGUAUGUCCUGAGAGGCAUGUCAAUAUAUUCUCUAAAAUAACGUUUGCAUGGAUGAAUCCAAUCAUGCAGCUGGGCUAUAGAAGGCCUCUCACAGAGAAGGAUGUCUGGAAACUUGAUACUUGGGAUAGAACAGAAACACUUAACGACUCGUUCCAAAAAUCCUGGGCUGAGGAAAUUCGAAGACCCAAACCUUGGCUCUUAAGAGCUUUAAAUCGUAGCCUUGGUGGAAGGUUCUGGUAUGGAGGCUUCUGGAAGAUAGGGAAUGAUGUUUCGCAGUUUAUUGGUCCGCUUAUACUGAACCACCUUUUACAGUCAAUGCAACGAGGAGAUCCAGCUUGGAUUGGUUAUAUCUAUGCAUUCUCCAUUUUUGUUGGAGUGGUAUUUGGCGUGUUAUGUGAAGCUCAGUAUUUUCAAAAUGUCAUGCGUGUUGGUUAUCGUUUGAGAUCAACUCUGGUUGCUGCAGUUUUCCGCAAAUCUUUAAGGUUGACCCACGAGAGCCGCAAAAGGUUUGCAUCUGGUAAAAUUACAAAUUUAAUGACAACAGAUGCUGAAGCUCUUCAGCAAGUUUGCCAAUCACUCCACACUUUGUGGUCAGCCCCGCUCCGAAUUGUUGUUGCCUUGGUUCUUCUUUACCAGCAACUGGGUGUCGCAUCACUUCUGGGUGCCUUGAUGCUUGUUCUUCUGUUCCCCAUACAAACACUUAUUAUAAGCAAGAUGCAAAAACUGACAAAAGAAGGAUUGCAACGGACGGACAAGAGAAUUGGACUCAUGAAUGAAAUUCUGGCUGCUAUGGACACUGUCAAGUGUUAUGCAUGGGAGACCAGUUUCCAGAAGAAGGUUCAAAGUGUCAGAAAUGACGAGUUGUCUUGGUACAGGAAAGCUCAGCUGCUAGGAGCUUUGAACAGUUUCAUACUUAACAGUUUACCUGUAGUGGUGAUUGUAAUUUCAUUUGGGCUAUUCACUUUACUUGGAGGAGAUCUGACACCUGCAAGAGCAUUUACAUCUCUUUCGCUGUUCGCGGUCCUACGAUUCCCUCUUUUCAUGCUUCCUAAUAUGAUUACACAGGCGGUUAAUGCUAAUGUUUCAUUGAAACGUCUGGAGGAACUACUUCUAGCUGAAGACCGGAUUCUUUUGCCUAACCCACCCAUUGAACCAGGUCUACCAGCUAUCUCAAUCAGGAAUGGAUACUUUUCUUGGGAGCCACAGGCGGAAAGGCCAACGUUGUCUAAUAUCAACUUGGAUAUACCGAUUGGUAGCUUGGUAGCUAUUGUUGGCAGUACUGGGGAAGGAAAGACAUCACUUAUCUCUGCAAUGCUGGGAGAGCUUCCUCCAGUUGCAGAUUCAAGUGUUGUCAUCAGAGGAAAGGUUGCAUACGUGCCACAAGUUUCAUGGAUCUUUAAUGCGACGGUCCGUGACAACAUUCUAUUUGGUUCGUCAUUUGAACCUGCAAAAUAUGAGAAGUCAAUAGACGUGACCUCCCUGCAGCAUGACCUGGAUCAACUGCCAGGUGGUGAUCUUACUGAAAUUGGAGAACGUGGGGUCAAUAUUAGUGGAGGUCAGAAGCAGAGAGUUUCCAUGGCUCGGGCGGUGUAUUCUAAUUCAGAUGUUUACAUAUUUGAUGAUCCUUUAAGUGCUCUAGAUGCUCAUGUGGGGCGUCAGGUUUUUGAAAAAUGCAUCAAAGGAGAAUUAAGAGGGAAAACAAGAGUUCUAGUCACAAAUCAGCUACAUUUUCUAUCACAAGUAGAUAGAAUUCUCUUGGUACAUGAAGGUACUGUCAAAGAGGAGGGAACAUUUGAAGACCUCUCCAACAAUGGCAUUCUUUUUCAAAAACUGAUGGAAAAUGCUGGCAAAAUGGAAGAAUAUGUUGAAGAAACGGAAGAUGUUCACACCGUUGAUGAUAAAACUUCUAAAACUAUUGUUAAUGGUCUGAAUGACGAGGCAUCUAAAGGAGUGAACCAAACAAAUAAAAAGAAAGAUGGCAAGUCUGUUCUGAUCAAGCAGGAGGAACGAGAAACCGGCGUUGUGAGCUGGAAUGUGUUAAUGAGAUACAAAAAUGCGUUGGGAGGUGCAUGGGUUGUUAUGAUUCUGUUUAUGUGCUAUGUUCUAACGGAAGUCCUCCGAGUUUCAAGCAGCACAUGGCUGAGUUAUUGGACAGAUCAAAGCGACAGUUCGCAUGAUCGUGGGCCAAUAUUCUACAAUUUGGUCUAUGCACUCCUUUCAUUUGGUCAAGUUUUGGUAACGUUGACAAAUUCAUUUUGGUUGAUCACUUCGAGUCUUUAUGCUGCCAGAAGAUUGCAUAAUGCGAUGCUCAACUCUAUCCUUAGAGCACCAAUGGUCUUCUUUCACACAAAUCCUCUCGGUCGAAUCAUCAAUAGAUUUGCCAAGGAUCUAGGUGACAUUGAUCGAAAUGUUGCUCCAUUCGCGAACAUGUUUCUGAACCAAGUUUCACAGCUUAUUUCAACAUUUGUGCUAAUUGGAAUAGUGAGCACAAUGUCUUUAUGGGCCAUUAUGCCUCUUCUAGUCUUGUUUUAUGAAGCCUAUCUAUAUUACCAGAGUACAGCCCGAGAAGUGAAACGCUUAGAUUCCAUUACUAGGUCUCCUGUGUAUGCACAGUUUGGAGAAGCACUGAAUGGUCUGUCAACUAUACGUGCAUAUAAGGCAUACGAUCGAAUGGCCAACAUCAACGGGAAAUCUAUGGACAAUAACAUCAGAUUCACUCUUGUUAACAUGAGUGGGAACCGCUGGCUUGCCAUUCGUUUAGAGACAGUAGGAGGCAUUAUGAUUUGGUUUACUGCCACUUUUGCUGUCAUGCAGAAUGGAAGAGCAGAGAACCAAAAAGCAUUUGCCUCUACAAUGGGUUUGCUUCUUAGUUAUGCAUUAAAUAUUACAAGCUUAUUGACUGGUGUUCUAAGACUUGCUAGUCUGGCUGAAAAUAGUUUUAAUGCUGUUGAGCGGGUUGGCACAUAUAUAGAAUUGCCCUCAGAAGGUCCAGACAUUGUUGAUGACAAUCGUCCACCUCCUCGAUUUGAAGAUGUUGUUCUACGAUACAGGCCGGAACUUCCCCCUGUUCUGCAUGGAAUAUCUUUCACAAUUUCUCCUAGUGACAAGGUUGGAAUUGUUGGAAGGACAGGGGCAGGAAAGUCAAGCAUGCUCAAUGCUUUGUUCCGGAUUGUUGAGCUGGAAAGGGGAAGAAUCUUUAUUGAUGAUUGUGACAUUUCAAAGUUUGGAUUAACAGACCUCCGGAAGGUUCUAGGCAUCAUACCACAAUCACCCGUCCUUUUCUCAGGAACUGUUAGGUUUAACCUUGACCCAUUCAAUGAACAUAAUGAUGCUGAUCUGUGGGAGGCCUUAGAAAGGGCCCAUUUAAAAGAUGUCAUCAGGAGGAAUUCUUUGGGCCUGGAUGCAGAGGUCUCUGAAGCAGGAGAAAACUUCAGUGUUGGACAGCGGCAAUUAUUAAGUCUUUCUCGAGCAUUACUUCGCAGAUCAAAAAUUCUUGUUCUUGAUGAAGCAACAGCUGCUGUUGACGUUAGGACUGAUGCUCUCAUCCAAAAGACUAUUCGCGAAGAAUUUAAAUCUUGCACAAUGUUGAUCAUUGCUCACCGUUUAAACACCAUCAUUGAUUGCGACAGAAUUCUUCUGCUUGAUGCUGGUCAGGUUGUGGAAUUUGAUACACCGGAGACGCUGCUGCAAAGAGAAGACAGUGCAUUCUCUAAGAUGGUCCAGAGUACAGGUGCUGCAAAUGCUGAAUAUCUGCGCAGCUUAGUGCUUAGAGGGGAACGUGACAGUAAACUAGAGACAGAGAAGCAGCUGGACGGACAACGGAGAUGGCUUGCCUCGUCUCGUUGGGCAGCAGCUGCCCAAUUUGCACUUGCCGUUAGUCUCACUUCAUCACAGAAUGAUCUCGUGCAGUUAGAAGUCAGAGAUGAAGAUAGCAUCCUCAAGAAGACAAGGGAUGCUGUAAUUACUCUCCAGGGAGUAUUGGAAGGGAAGCAUAACAAAGAGAUUGAAGAGAACCUUGAGGGUUACCAGGUUUCUGGAGAUAGAUGGUGGUCAGCUCUAUACAAAAUGAUCGAAGGACUUGCUGUCAUGAGCAGACUUGCUCGAAACAAGCUUAAUCAGGCAGAUAACUUCGAAGACAGAACGAUCGACUGGGACCAAGUUGAGAUGUAGACUGAUUUGGACGUAAGAAAGAUAGGACACCCUGGCUUUCUUGUGAAGCUAUUUUUGGCUCAUGUGCAGACAACUAAACCUGUCUGCUUUGCCGGCAUUCCAACAAUCAUAGCUCAUAGCUUAAUGCGACAGUUAUUUGUAGUGAACUGAGAGGCCCUGGGCUAAACUGGAUUUUCACGGGACAGGGUAUCUUGCUUUUGUAAUAAGGGGUUCUUGGUGAUAACUAUUUACAUAGCAACCCUUGAAAUAGAAUGUGGUGGCAAACGAUGUCAACCAUGUCCCUGGACUUGGGAGUACAAAAAUGUAAUCGUUUUGACAUCUUUCUCUGUUGAUGUUUGUUUGUGAUUCCAUAUGUUAAUUUUUGUUAAUGAAAGUAGGUCAGUCACAUCUUA